GCUCGGCGCUUCAGGGCCUUCCGCCCCAACCCUACCCCUAUCCCAGCUGAGUCGCCCGCCGCCGCCGCGCCGCGACCACGGCAUAGCGCGAGCAAUAAGUGACUUGCCGAAUCUAACGUCCGCUCCAACGGCGGUGACGUCGUCUUUCUCAUUCGUUAGUAUUUUCGGCUAAGGACACUAUUCAAGAACCAUGACAGAAACAGUGGGGUUCGAAGAAGUAACGAUACCUGUCCCUUGGGGUCAUGUCAGUGGCAAAUGGUGGGGUGGACGAGGACGACAACCUGUCAUAGCUCUGCAUGGAUGGCAAGAUAAUGCUGGCUCUUUCGAUGGGCUUGGCACUCUCUUGCCAAAAGACAUUUCCAUGCUUGCUAUUGAUUUUCCAGGCCACGGCAGAUCAUCACAUUAUCCAAAGGGACAGUUCUACUACUUGUUUUGGGAUGGAGUAUUGUUGCUGAGGCGUAUUGUCAAACAUUUUAAGUGGAGUAAGGUCACUAUCAUUGGGCAUUCUAUGGGUGGUGCUGUUGGCUUCUUGUAUGCAGCAUCAUUUCCUGAUGAUACUGAAAAGCUAAUUUCACUUGAUAUAGCAAGCCCUACUAUCCGAGAUAAAGAAAGUGUGGUCAACAUUACUGGAGUAUCAAUUGACAGGUUUCUGAAAUAUGAGACAUUAACAGAGGAUGCCAUGCCAUGCUAUACCAAAGAGGAAAUGAUAGAGCUUGUCCUUGAGGCUUACCAAGGGGCAAUUACUCGGGAGUCAGCCGAAACUCUUAUGAUUCGAGGGAUGUCUCCAAUUCCUCCCACCUCAAAAAAUAUUAUGAAGAAAGAGGGGUUCUUGUUUGCACGUGAUGUGCGCCUCAAGGUUGCUGGACUUGGCUUGAUAACUCUUGACCUUGUACUGGAGUAUGCCAAGAAAAUAAAGUGCGAGUACUUGAACAUACGAGCAGUACCAGGACUGAGUUUUGACCGCCCAGAGUAUUAUACGCAGGUCCUUGAUGAAAUCAAAAAAUCUUCUUGCCGCUUUGAGUACAAGGAAGUUGAUGGUUCCCACCAUAUUCACUUAAACGAACCUGAGAAAAUCGGACCAAUUGUCUUUAACUUUAUUAAAACCAGUAAAUCUGAGCAAAUUUCUUCUGACUCAGUGGUAAAUGGAACUGGUUCAACAUAAACAUAAAAAUUUUAGCUGUUUUGCUUGUUGUGUUUUGCUGCUCGUCCACAAACCAUGAGAUCGAAGAAGUAAAUCUCAUUGCUUUGAGUUUUGUUGUGAUCACAAAUUAGUACUGUAUGUUGUAUAGAAAGAAUUAAUAAGUCAACAAACGGCUCCUGAUGCCUCACAUCUUGCAUCAGUACUUAUGUGACAAACUUGCAUCUAUAUUAACAAUUUUCUUGUCCAAAUGGUAUGAAAACCUGUUCAAGCUAGCAUGUUAUUCUAUUUCAAAUCCACUGCAGGCAGUGGUGUAGUAAAUCAUUUUUGUGUUAAGCUUUAAUUUAUUACUUAACGAUAGUUUCACCAUUAAUCAUAUUUCUUUUUAGUAUGAUAAAUAUGCUCAAAGAAACUACUUCAUAUGAGUGCUAGUUUUGGCACAUUAAACACAUCUUGUGUUACUUGUUCUCAGAUUUUUUUCCUUUUUCUGUUAUAGUUUAACUUCCAAAUUUCAAGUUGUUCAUUAAUGAAUCAAUUUAAUAUCUAUGUAUGUAUCUGUCUAUCUCACGCUUUGUUUCUCAGUAUUUUUAAUGUUUUAAUUCAAGCCUGUGGUGGUUGAUUUCCUAUAUGCUUUUUGCAUGGCGCUAUGAAUUUAAGAGACAUUCCAAUCAAAUUUUGUGUGCAUCACAUGAUACAGUACUUAAAAUUAGUUGUGAAUGUUUGUGAAGUUUCUUUUCUUAGACUUUAAUUAUUUUGUUUUUCACAAAAUGAUUGUGUAGACACCACUGAUGAACAAAAUUAUGACCCAUCUUGUACGUACAGAAAAUGAUUGUGAUAUCUGAACUUCUAGUAUUAAAGUAUUAUUGUUUCCUAA